UCCGUGAUGCUCCGGCGUUUGCAGGAGCCCCUCCUGCUUUGGCCAAGAUGCCGUUGGGACACUCUGCAGGGAGCACCCGCUCGGAGGAUGGAAGCGAGGCCUUCCUGGAAGGAAUGGUGGAUUGGGAGCUGAGCAGACUACAGCGGCAAUGCAAAGUGAUGGAGGGGGAGAGGCGGGCUUACAGCAAGGAAGUCCACCAGCGCAUCAACAAGCAACUUGAGGAGAUCCAGCGCCUGGAGGGGUUGCGAGAUAAACUUAAGGUGCAGAUCAGCGUCGCCCAGAGCCAGGUCAAGCGGCUGCGGGACAGUGAGAGGCUGGAGAACAUGGGCCAGCUGCUCAAGUGCCGGCUCCAGGUACAGGCCGAGGUCAAGGAGCUACAGGAGCAGACCAGAGCCCUGGACAAGCAGUUUCUUCAUCGGCAAAAAGAGGAUGUUGGUAAUGCAGCGGAGUCCACAUAG